GUGCGGCUUGCGCUGUCCCAGCAGGCCGCUCUUCCUCCCUCGUCGUGUCUCCCAGUCUGCCAGCUCUUCCUGCUCUCAGCCAUGGCGGACAUGCAGGAUCUGUUCGGGAGCGAUGCCGACACUGACAACGAGCAGAAACGUGUCGGUAAGUGACCGAUGGUCCGACCGGGAGAUAUUCCAAACACCGUCCGGGUUAUUCACAUUGCAGACCGGCUGGAACCCCACCAGCUCUCCUAAUACAGCACUGCACCCAGACCACCUAAUAUAUAAUAUAUACACUACACCCAGACCACCUAAUAUAUAAUAUAAACACUACAGCCUGACCAUAUAAUAUAUACACUACACCCAGACCAUAUAAUAUAUACACUACAGCCUGACCACCUAAUAUAUAAUAUAUACACUACAGCCUGACCACCUAAUAUAUAAUAUAUACACUACAGCCUGACCACCUAAUAUAUAAUAUAUACACUACACCCAGACCACCUAAUAUAUAAUAUAUACACUACACCCUGACCACCUAAUAUAUAAUAUAUACACUACAGCCUGACCAUAUAAUAUAUACACUACACCCAGACCAUAUAAUAUAUACACUACAGCCUGACCACCUAAUAUAUAAUAUAUACACUACAUAUAUAAUAUAUACACUACACCCUGACCACCUAAUAUAUAAUAUAUACACUACAGCCUGACCACCUAAUAUAUAAUAUAUACACUACAGCCUGACCACCUAAUAUAUAAUAUAUACACUACACCCUGACCACCUAAUAUAUAAUAUAUACACUACACCCAGACCACCUAAUAUAUAAUAUAUACACUACAGCCUGACCACCUAAUAUAUAAUAUAUACACUACAGCCUGACCACCUAAUAUAUAAUAUAUACACUACACCCUGACCACCUACCGUAAUAUAUAAUAUAUACACUACAGCCUGACCAUAAUAAUAUAUAAUAUAUACACUACAGCCUGACCACCUAAUAUAUAAUAUAUACACUAACCAGCCUGACCAUAAUAUAUAAUAUAUACACUACAGCCUGACCACCUAAUAUAUAAUAUAUACACUACAUAUAUAAUAUAUACACUACAGCCUGACCACCUAAUAUAUAAUAUAUACACUACAGCCUGACCACCUAAUAUAUAAUAUAUACACUACAGCCUGACCACCUAAUAUAUAAUAUAUACACUACAGCCUGACCACCUAAUAUAUAAUAUAUACACUACACCCUGACCACCUAAUAUAUAAUAUAUACACUACAGCCUGACCACCUAAUAUAUAAUAUAUACACUACAGCCUGACCACCUAAUAUAUAAUAUAUACACUACACCCGUGACCACCUAAUAUAUAAUAUAUACACUACAGCCUGACCGCCUAAUAUAUAAUAUAUACACUACAGCCUGACCACCUGACCAUAUAUAUAAUAUAUACACUACAGCCUGACCACCUAAUAUAUAAUAUAUACACUACCCUGACCACCUAAUAUAUAAUAUAUACACUACAGCCUGACCACCUAAUAUAUAAUAUAUACACUACAGCCUGACCACCUAAUAUAUAAUAUAUACACUACAGCCUGACCAUAUAAUAUAAACACUACAGCCUGACCACCUAAUAUAUAAUAUAUACACUACAGACGGACCAUAUAAUAUAUACACUACAGCCUGACCACCUAAUAUAUAAUAUAUACACUACAGCCUGACCACCUAAUAUAUAUACACUACAGCCUGACCACCUAAUAUAUACACUACAGCCUGACCACCUAAUAUAUAAUAUAUACACUACAGCCUGAUUACCUAAUAUAUAAUAUAUACACUACAGCCUGACCACCUAAUAUAUAAUAUAUACACUACAGCCUGACCACCUAAUAUAUAAUAUAUACACUACACCCUGACCACCUAAUAUAUAAUAUAUACACUACAGCCUGACCACCUAAUAUAUAAUAUAUACACUACAGCCUGACUACCUAAUAUAUAAUAUAUACACUACAGCCUGACCACUUAAUAUAUAAUAUAUACACUACAGCCUGACCACCUAAUAUAUAAUAUAUACACUACAGCCUGACUACCUAAUAUAUAAUAUAUACACUACAGCCUGACCCACCUAAUAUAUAUAUAUACACUACAGCCUGACCACCUAAUAUAAUAUAUACACUACAGCCUGACUACCUAAUAUAUAAUAUAUAAGUAUACACUACAGCCUGACUACACUAAUAAUAUAUACAUAUAUACACUACAGCCUGACCAAUCUAAUAUAUAAUAUAUACACUAAGAGUCUUUUGAUUCACCUAUAAUAUAUAAUAUAUACACUACAGCCUGACCACCUAAUAUAUAAUAUAUACACUACACCCUGACCAUAUAAUAUAUAAUAUAUACACUACAGCCUGACCACCUAAUAUAUAAUAUAUACACUACAGCCUGACCAUAUAAUAUAUAAUAUAUACACUACAGCCUGACCAUAUAAUAUAUAAUAUAUACACUACAGCCUGACCACCUAAUAUAUAAUAUAUACACUACAGCCUGACCGCCUAAUAUAUAAUAUAUACACUACAGCCUGACCAUAUAAUAUAUACACUACACCCUGACCAUAUAAUAUAUACACUACAGCCUGACCACCUAAUAUAUAAUAUAUACACUACAGCCUGACCACCUAAUAUAUAAUAUAUACACUACAGCCUGACCAUAUAAUAUAUAAUAUAUACACUACAGCCUGACCGCCUAAUAUAUAAUAUAUACACUACAGCCUGACCAUAUAAUAUAUAAUAUAUACACUACACCCUGACACCUAAUAUAUAAUAUAUACACUACAGUCUGACCACCUAAUAUAUAAUAUAUACACUACAGUCUGACCAUAUAAUAUAUAAUAUAUAUACACUACACCCUGACCACCUAAUAUAUAAUAUAUACACUACACCCUGACCACCUAAUAUAUAAUAUAUACACUACAGCCUGACCGCCUAAUAUAUAAUAUAUACACUACAGCCUGACCGCCUAAUAUAUAAUAUAUACACUACAGCCUGACCAUAUAAUAUAUACACUACACCCUGACACCUAAUAUAUAAUAUAUACACUACAGUCUGACCACCUAAUAUAUAAUAUAUACACUACAGUCUGACCAUAUAAUAUAUAAUAUAUACACUACACCCUGACCACCUAAUAUAUAAUAUAUACACUACACCCUGACCACCUAAUAUAUAAUAUAUACACUACACCCUGACCAUAUAAUAUAUAAUAUAUACACUACACCCUGACCACCUAAUAUAUAAUAUAUACACUACACCCUGACCACCUAAUAUAUAAUAUAUACACUACACCCUGACCACCUAAUAUAUAAUAUAUACACUACACCCUGACCACCUAAUAUAUAAUAUAUACACUACACCCUGACCACCUAAUAUAUAAUAUAUACACUACAGCCUGACCACCUAAUAUAUAAUAUAUACACUACAGCCUGACCACCUAAUAUAUAAUAUAUACACUCCAGCCUGACCUCCUAAUAUAUAAUAUAUACACUACAUCCUGACCACCUAAUAUAUAAUAUAUACACUACAUCCUGACCACCUAAUAUAUAAUAUAUACACUACACCCUGACCACCUAAUAUAUAAUAUAUACACUACAGCUCGACCACCUAAUAUAUAAUAUAUACACUACAGCCUGACCACCUAAUAUAUAAUAUAUACACUACAGCCUGACCACCUAAUAUAUAAUAUAUACACUACACCCUGACCACCUAAUAUAUAAUAUAUACACUACACCCUGACCACCUAAUAUAUAAUUUAUACACUACAGCCUGACCACCUAAUAUAUAAUAUAUACACUACAUCCUGACCAUAUAAUAUAUACACUACAGCCUGACCACCUAAUAUAUAAUAUAUACACUACAGCCUGACCAUAUAAUAUAUACACUACAGCCUGACCACCUAAUAUAUAAUAUAUACACUACACCCUGACCACCUAAUAUAUAAUAUAUACACUACACCCUGACCACCUAAUAUAUAAUAUAUACACUACACCCUGACCACCUAAUAUAUAAUAUAUACACUACAGCCUGACCACCUAAUAUAUAAUAUAUACACUACAGCCUGACCACCUAAUAUAUAAUAUAUACACUCCAGCCUGACCUCCUAAUAUAUAAUAUAUACACUACAUCCUGACCACCUAAUAUAUAAUAUAUACACUACAUCCUGACCACCUAAUAUAUAAUAUAUACACUACACCCUGACCACCUAAUACAGGGAGUGCAGAAUUAUUAGGCAAGUUGUAUUUUUGAGGAUUAAUUUUAUUAUUGAACAACAACCAUGUUCUCAAUGAACCCAAAAACUCAUUAAUAUCAAAGCUGAAUAUUUUUGGAAGUAGUUUUUAGUUUGUUUUUAGUUAUAGCUAUGUUAGGGGGAUAUCUGUGUGUGCAGGUGACUAAUACUGUGCAUAAUUAUUAGGCAACUUAACAAAAAACAAAUAUAUACCCAUUUCAAUUAUUUAUUAUUACCAGUGAAACCAAUAUAACAUCUCAACAUUCACAAAUAUACAUUUCUGACAUUCAAAACAAAAACAAAUCAGUGACCAAUAUAGCCACCUUUCUUUGCAAGGACACUCAAAAGCCUGCCAUCCAUGGAUUCUGUCGGUGUUUUGAUCUGUUCACCAUCAACAUUGCGUGCAGCAGCAACCACAGCCUCCCAGACACUGUUCAGAGAGGUGUACUGUUUUCCCUCCUUGUAAAUUUCACAUUUGAUGAUGGACUACAGGUUCUCAAUGGGGUUCAGAUCAGGUGAACAAGGAGGCCAUGUCAUUAGAUUUUCUUCUUUUAUACCCUUUCUUGCCAGCCACGCUGUGGAGUACUUGGACGCGUGUGAUGGAGCAUUGUCCUACAUGAAAAUCAUGUUUUUCUUGAAGGAUGCAGACUUCUUCCUGUACCACUGCUUGAAGAAGGUGUCUUCCAGGAACUGGCAGUGGGACUGGGAGUUGAGCUUGACUCCAUCCUCAACCCGAAAAGGCCCCACAAGCUCAUCUUUGAUGAUACCAGCCCAAACCAGUACUCCACCUCCACCUUGCUGGCGUCUGAGUCGGACUGGAGCUCUCUGCCCUUUACCAAUCCAGCCACGGGCCCAUCCAUCCGCCCAUCAAGACUCACUCUCAUUUCAUCAGUCCAUAAAACCUUAGAAAAAUCAGUCUUGAGAUAUUUCUUGGCCCAGUCUUGGCGUUUCAGCUUGUGUGUCUUGUUCAGUGGUGGUCGUCUUUCAGCCUUUCUUACCUUGGCCAUGUCUCUGAGUAUUGCACACCUUGUGCUUUUGGGCACUCCAGUGAUGUUGCAGCUCUGAAAUAUGGCAAACUGGUGGCAAGUGGCAUCGUGGCAGCUGCACGCUUGACUUUUCUCAGUUCAUGGGCGGUUAUUUUGCGCCUUGGUUUUUCCACACGCUUCUUGCGACCCUGUUGACUAUUUUGAAUGAAACGCUUGAUUGUUCGAUGAUCACGCUUCAGAAGCUUUGCAAUUUUAAGAGUGCUGCAUCCCUCUGCAAGAUAUCUCACUAUUUUUGACUUUUCUGAGCCUGUCAAGUCCUUCUUUUGACCCAUUUUGCCAAAGGGAAGGAAGUUGCCUAAUAAUUAUGCACACCUGAUAUAGGGUGUUGAUGUCAUUAGACCACACCCCUUCUCAUUACAGAGAUGCACAUCACCUAAUAUGCUUAAUUGGUAGUAGGCUUUCGAGCCUAUACAGCUUGGAGUAAGACAACAUGCAUAAAGAGGAUGAUGUGGUCAAAAUGCUCAUUUGCCUAAUAAUUCUGCACUCCCUGUAUAAUAUAUACACUACAGCCUGACCACCUAAUAUAUAAUAUAUACACUACAGCCUGACCACCUAAUAUAUAAUAUAUACACUACAGCCUGACCACCUAAUAUAUAAUAUAUACACUACAGCCUGACCACCUAAUAUAUAAUAUAUACACUACAGCCUGACCACCUAAUAUAUAAUAUAUACACUACAGCCUGACCACCUAAUAUAUAAUAUAUACACUACAGCCUGACCACAUAAUAUAUAAUAUAUACACUACAGCCUGACCAUAUAAUAUAUACUCUACAGCCUGACCACCUAAUAUAUAAUAUAUAUACACUACAGCCUGACCACAUAAUACUAAUAUAUAAUAUACACACUACAGCCUGACCACCUAAUAUAUAAUAUAAACACUACAGCCUGACCACAUAAUACAGAUAUAUAAUAUAUACACUACAGCCUGGUCACUUAAUACUGACCCUAGGGGUAGCAAGAUCAUGCCUGACCACAUAAUACCGAUAUAUAAUAUAUACACUACAGCCUGGUCACAUAAUAUCAAUAUAUAAUAUAUACACUACAGCCUGGUCACAUAAUACAGAUAUAAUAUAUACACUACAGCCUGGCCACAUAAUAUCAAUAUAUAAUAUAUACACUACAGCCUGGUCACAUAAUACAGAUAUAAUAUAUACACUACAGCCUGGCCACAUAAUACAGAUAUAUAAUAUAUACACUACAGCCUGGCCACAUAAUACAGACCCUAGGGGUAGCAAGAUCAUUCCUGACCACAUAAUAUCGAUAUAUAAUAUUUACACUACAGCCUGGUCACAUAAUACAGAUAUAAUAUAUACACUAGAGUCUGGUCACAUAAUACAAAUAUAUAAUAUGUACACUUCAGCCUGGUCACCUAAUACACAGUGAGGGCAUGAUAUAUAAUAUGCACACUAUUGCCUGGUCACCUAAUACGGAUCUAUAUACAGUACAGCCUGGUCACCUAAUACACAGUGAGGGCAGUCGAGUGCUAUGAUAUAUACAGUACAGCCUGAUCAACACACACACCCACCCACAGCCUCUCCAUCUCAAGGGAAUUAAACAAAUUAACAAAUGUGAACUGUAGUGGUAUAAACACAUAUCUUAGAUAUUCUUUUGUGAUUAUUUGUGCACAUUUUCGAUAUAGCAAAGUACUGAACAGCAUAAAAUAAAGUAAUUGAAAAACAACAUAUAUUUAUUAUGCUGAUUUGAUUAAUAUUAUUACAAUUGUAGAUCUUUAUUUACAAAUAAAUCUGUAAAAAAAUAAAACAACCAAGAGUUACAUCUUAUAAUUGAAACAUGUCUGUUUUUUUUUUUUGCAAUUGUUUGGCAUAAAUGAGGUGUGAUAACAAAUGUCUUGCUUUUCAUACUUCUCAUUUGCAGAUUCUGAUUCUGCUUCUGGAUCAGAUUCAGAACCAGGAAAUAUUGGUUCAGUAAGCAACCCUUCAGCAAGUGAGAGUGAUCAAGAUGAGGAUGAUGAGCAUGCUGUGGUAAAGCCAAGCAACAAAGAAUUAUUUGGAGAUGAUAGUGAGGAUGAAGCGGUGUCUCAACACAGUGGCAGUGACAAUCACUCAGAAAGGUCAGAUAAUCAGUCAGAAAUAGCACACUCUGAUCAAGAGGAAAACGAUCAGUCGGAUGCUGAGCCGCAUAGUGGUUCUGAGGUCCUUCAUGAAGAUGACAAUGAGGGAGAUGGACAGAGAUCUGAUCACAGUAGUCAUCAUUCUGAGGUAGAAGGUUCAGACAGAGAUGGCCCCUCUGAGGAUGAAAAAUGGGCAAGGGAAGACAAAAGUGACCAGUCUGAUGAGGAUGAGAAAAUGCAGGAUUCUGAUGAUGAUCUCCAGCAUUCAGACGAUGAGGGCCACCAAAGAUCUGAAAGAUCAGAUGAUAAUGCGCAUCACAGAUCAGAGGAUGAUGAUGAUGAACAUCACAUGUCAGAUGAUGAGGGACAUCUCCGGUCUGAUGAUGAGGUACACCACAGGUCGGAUGAUGAUGAGGUACACCACAGGUCGGAUGAUGAUGAUGAGGUACGUCACAGGUCGGAUGAUGAUGAUGAGGUACGUCACAGGUCGGAUGAUGAUGAUGAGGUACGUCACAGGUCGGACGAUGAUGAGGUACGUCACAGGUCGGACGAUGAUGAUGAGGUACGUCACAGGUCGGACGAUGAUGAUGAGGUACGUCACAGGUCGGACGAUGAUGAUGAGGUACGUCAAAGGUCGGACGAUGAUGAUGAGGUACACCACCGGUCAGAUGAUGAUGAUGAGGUACGCCACCGGUCGGAUGAUGAUGAUGAGGCACGCCACCGGUCGGAUGAUGAUGAUGAGGCACGCCACCGGUCGGAUGAUGAAAUGAAUCAUCAAUCAGAUGGAGAAGAACGGGAAACACGCCAAUCGGAUGAUGAGGAUCACAGACCUCGUAUUUCAGAUGAUGAAGAAAAUGAACCGCAGCAUUCAGAUGAUGAGCGCCAACAUUCUGAUGAUGAUCACCGUCCGUCAGAUGGCGAAGAGAGGGAACAGCAGCACUCAGAAGAUGAGGAGAAUGAAAUUCAACAUUCUGAUGAUGAAAACGAUCGCCAAAGGUCAGAUGGUGAACUUCAGCACUCUGAUAAUGAUCACCGGCGGUCUGAUGAUGAGGAAAGACAACAUUCAGAUGAUGAGGAGCAGGAUCGCCACCGCUCAGAUGGUGAAGAGAACGAGCACAAAUCAGGUAGGAACAUUAUAGCAUUAAACUAACUAUUUAGGUUCCCAGUCACCCUUAGAUUGCAUGGAAUUGUGUUAAACUUACCUUUUUUGCCAUGCUGCGGCUGGCCUAGUCUCCAUGGCAAAACGCCACGCUGCUCCAAUCAAUGCAUCUCUUUUGAGAACAUUUGGCAUCUCCAUGCAGAGCAUGAAGAUGCUGAAUGUCGGUGCUGCACACUGUGUUUUGUAAUGAGCAUAUUAAAGUUUGUUUUUAUAGGUAUUCCUAAAGUAACUGAACUGUUAGCAUUGAUUUAUCACUUGCUGGUUUUAUCCAUAGACCACAGGACCAGGGAAAUUAGAUUUCUACAUAGCAAUACCUUAAAUAUCAAAGUUCCCACAGCUAAUUAAUUUUCUUUUCUUUUGGUGUUGUCCUGCCUUUUUUAACUUUUGUACCUGAUACCAGAUUUCUUCUGUAAAUAAAACUAUCUGCAAAUAAAAUUGUUACUGCCCCUGACAUGGCACUUAUCAUGCUUCUACAAGGAUAGCCCCAGGAUCAGUAAUAUCCACUGGAGCUGCCGUAGUUAAACACUACCUCCAAAACUGACAGAGUACAAGAAGUAAAUCUCCUAACCUGACUGAUCCAGUGGACUUUUUUUUUUACUUGGUCAAAUAAAGUAUUAUACUAGAGAGCAUUAUGUAAUGUUAAUUUGUAUUGUAAUUUUCAUAACUGAUGAAAAAACUCUUUUAAAUACACAAAUGCCUAUUUUUAUAGGGAAACUAUAGUUGCCAGCUUAAAGGACCACUACAGCUUAAAGGACCACCAUAGUGCCAGGAAAACAAACUCUUUUUCCUGGCACUUUAGUACCCUGAGGGUCCCACUCCCGCCGGGCUGAAGGGGGAGGAAGAGGGUUGAACACUCACCUUUCUCUAGCGCCGGGCUCCCUCGGCGCUAGGGAUUCUCCUCCUCAUUCGGUAUUCAGCCAGUCCAUAGGAAAGCAUUCUCAAUGCUUUCCUAUUGACGCUGGUGUCAUCUCACUGUGAAAAUCACGGUGAGACGCGCCGAAGUGCCUCUAGCGGCUGUCAAUUAGUCAAUGGUGAGUAUAGUCAGUCCCUGCAGGCAUUUUGCUUUAAACACUGCACAGUGUGUAGCACUGAUGUUUAGCUUCUCCACCCUCUGGAUGGAGACACUGAACUUUCCCCAUAGAGAUGCAUUGAUUCAGUGCAUUGUUCGAGAAAAUGCUGAUUGGCCAGGCCUAUUGGAAAGCAUUGGAUUAAUUCUGAUGAUGUCAGUCAACUAGGCGGAUUGGGGGCAGAGCCAGUGCAGAGGGACCUGCGCGGCUCUGGAAAUAAGGUAAGUUUUAUUUAUCUUUUUGUGGGGGGGCAAGCCAUCUAAAUAGUGGUUAUAAAACUAAAGGAUCAGGAAUACACUUUUGUGUUCCUGAUCCUGUAGUAUUCUUUUUAUCUACUGAACAAAAUUCAGAUAUGUAGGUAAAAGUAGUGGCAUUUGUUCACCUGCAAGUUAAAGCAGGUUUGUGUUUUGCAGGGAAACACAGAAAUGAUGUUUGAUCAGCCCCAUAACACAUUAAAGAGUUAUUAUAGUGCCAGGAAUACAAAACUGUAUUCCUGGCACUAUCGCUCCCCCUGUCUCCCCCUUUAUUUACCUUAUCCCAGUGCCGAUGUCCUUCGGCGCAGGGCUGACACUCCACCCCCUCCAACAUCCUGCAACGAGCAGGCGCUAAUGCGCAAUGGCGGCAAUUCCAGCGAGCGCAUUAGACCUCCAUAUGCGCGCAUUGAAUAACUGCUUUCCUUGGGGGGAAAAGUCUGACUCUGGAUGCAGAGCGUGAGGACGUCCAGCAUCAGAUUCUCGACCAAAUGUUCGUUUUGAUUGAGGAAGCCCUCUGGAGGCAGACUUAGUUUUGCAAUGUAAACAUUGCAGUUUCUCUGGAACUGCAGUGUUUAACAUUGCAGCAUUAAGUUCAAAAGAGACACUGCACCCAGACCACUUCAAUGAGCUGAAGUGGUCUGGGUGCCUAUAUUGUACAUUUAAAGCUGAACUGUCACUUUUUUGCACAACCAAAUAGCUAUAGUUCAGACUGGUCCUGCCAGGCAUCGCUUCAUAUGAGUGUAUGCCACUACUGAUGCAAUGAAAGAGCUCACAUGUGUUCGUACAACAUUCCUAUCUAGAUGCCUGAGGCAUCAUGUGGUGGCAAAGUGCAAUGGAGGUAAUUGUAUAAGCGUUUACUGGAGUGAAGAAAAGUAAUAUUUACUCUUUAAAGAGGGGUUGGGUGCUAUUACCAUCCUUUAUUGACACUUUAAGGAUUACUACAUCUGUUAAAUGCAUUAUUUGUUUUAUUUUUUAAAUACAGUACAUGUAACUCAGUUACACUUCUUAAAUUGUAUUAUUUUAUUCUGAAAUAACUUAUGCUUUGCUUAGAUUUGUUUUUUCUAAUAUUUAUCUCUGCAGUUUUGGGUUUAAAAUCUGCUUUACUUUAAAACCUUACAUUUUGGUUGCUUUAAUAGAGUCUGCUAAAGGAAGUGACAGCGAAGAAGAAGUAGUUCGCCAAAAACAUAAAAAGAUUAUUGCUUCAGAUUCUGAAAUGGAUAGUGAUGGAGAAGAACCCAAAGGUAAAAAACUGUUCUGCGACAUCCAAGUGACAGUACGCAAACACAAUUGAGUUAAUUUAGGAAGAAAAAAAAGAAAUUAUAACUUGUGAUAGUUUGUAAAUUCCAUCUUAACAUAUACCACACCAGACAUUACAAAUUGUCAGACAUUCAGAAUGGUCAUCUGAUGAUAAUAAUCAAUUUAGCACAAGAACGUUAAAGCGCCACAUAAGAAAGACUGUGACGUCGUUUCCUAUACUUUUAUGGAUUACCUACACGCCAUACUGAAGUAUGUUUAAACUUGAUACAUUUUUCUGACCACAAUGUACAAUGUUUAAAUCAUUUAUCACUAGUAGACAGUGGAGCAUGUAAUUUGGAACUUGGUCCUCUGCCCCAAUGUAACUACAGGGAUCUAUGGAAUGCUCCUUGUUUGCAAUAUGAGCAUUAGAGUUUGAAGAUCUUAUCAGCCGAAAUGGUCCAAGACCAUCACUGUUAUGUAGAUCACACACAACGUUCUUUCCUUUACAACAUUACAUAAAGAAUUCACCUCCAAUCAAGAUGACCUCAAAUGCUGAAAAGCAAAUUGUUUUGUUCAUUCUGCCUUUAGUGCCUUAAAAAGGGUUUAUAGCGAUGUGCUUAACACACGUAGGUAUGUGCUAAUAUCACUGGUAUCAUCCACUCCUGCACGGUUAUUCACCAAAGGGAAUUCAAGGAGAUGGAACAUUUUAGGCUAAAUUAGCUAGGCUAAAUUAGCUAAACUAAAAGCAUAGCUAGUAGAGAAUUUUUACAAUUUGGCAAUUUCGGCCUUAAAUGUAAAAAUUCACUUUGAAUGAUCUAUUUAGUGAAUUAUCUUGCCAGGCUCUUGUGCUGAAGUUGAGGUUCCUGUUCCCCCAGAACCUCUUCAGUAAUACAGAUAAAUAAAAUCCUCAGCAAAAUUAUUAUGACUAUAUGCAGUUAUUUUGCUUUGUGUUGAGAACUUUUUUUUAUAGGCUUAGAUAUGACCUGUAGUGAUGUCCCGAACGUUUCGCCGCGGACUCCAGUCAGCAGACACAUUCCAGCCAAUCAGCAGCAGACCCUCCCACCUCCUGGACAGCAUCCAUUUUGAAGCUGCAUUCUUAGUGAGCUGUCCAGGAGGUGGGAGAGUCUGGGAGGGAGGGUCUGCUGCUGAUUGGCUGGAAUGUGUCUGCUGACUGGAGUCCGCGGCGAACCAUUCGGGACAUCACUAAUGACCUGUGAACAGACUAAAUAUAUUACAUUUCAACCAUUUGUGUUAUUACAUUGACUGUGUACCAGACAACUUAAUGUCCCUUGAAAUGUUUUUAGAAGUUGUAUAAUAGCAUGUGCAAAAUCAAAUCUAGAGCGGUUUUAUUCAAACUAUUUAUUUAUUUUAGUCUUUAUACCGGCGUUUAUAUUUGAUUUGAUUUUACAGCUAAAAGAGAUGCUGCUGAUCUGUUUGGAGAUGCAGAUGACAUUUCUUCAGGCAGUGAUGGGGAACAAAAGCCAGCUACUCCAGGACAACCAAUGGUAUGCAUUAUAAGCAAAACCACACUCCAGGCCAGGCUUCAUUUCUGCAAGACCAUCACUCACAGGGAUGUGUGUGUGUACACACUAUGAUUUAAAAAAAUAAAAAAAAUUGGGUCAUUUGCAUGUUAUAUGAGAACUUCUCCCUCUAAAGUUCAUCAGAGUGAAUAGCAUUCAAAACUAUUUACUGCCAAGAAUUAUAUAGCUUCCCAUUACUGAACAUCACUCUAAGUAACAGCACCAGCGACAAAAUUCUUGCCAGUAUUCCAUUUAAGGUGUAAAAUGUCUCAAUGUAAAAAUGGGUUUUACGUGGAGUCAUUUUCCCAUAGCCAUUUGUCACAUUGUCCUUAAUUGUUAGACAUAAGCAGUUUGAUAUUUCUGUGAGAUAAGCUCAUUUAUAAUGAAUACUACCAAUGGUUAAAGUUGUUAUAUUUAUGUAUAAACCAGUAUCAAUGAAAUGUGGUGGCACGUCACUUCUACAGCCCUUUAACUUUGUGUGUAUGAUACAGGAUGAAGAUGGAAUGGAUCAAGAUCAACCUGAAGAAGAAGCAGUUCCAGAAACUCGCAUAGAAGUCGAGAUACCAAAAGUCAAUACAGACCUGGGCAAUGACUUGUAUUUCGUGAAACUUCCUAACUUUCUUAGUGUUGAGCCCAGGUAAUAUUUAAAAAUGCCCCCAUAAAGAAUUAGUGCUGAUUGACUCUCUGUGGGAUUCAUUUUACUGAUGGAUUAUGAGUAAAUAUGCCUACAAUUGAUAUGGAACCUUGCUUAAAGGUACACUGUAGGCAAAAGGUUUAAGUGGUUAUGGUGCAUGUGUCUGUGGGUAUCAGAUCCUGCAACAUGGUUUGCUCACCAUUUAGAAGAGAUGCUCAGUCAAUUGCAGCCUGACCUCCAAUGAUGAUUUGACCAAGGCAUAGUUACACUACAUAACACAAGUGGCAGGCAGUGAAAGCUGAGCCCUCCCAGCCUAUCACUGCCAGCAAUCCCUGGUAUGACUUGAUAUGAGGCAGAGUAAACCUCAGUUUUUAUCAUAUAGUAAUUGGGGGGCCUGUGCAAAUGUAGAAAUGUGUGGAUAUGUUAACUUGCCUCUUGUUUUUAUAAACGUGUAACUGGUUUAAUUUGCCAGUGUGUAGGAUUCUACAAAGACUGUAUUCAUUUGAUCUCAUGUCACCUUUUGUUUCUUGCUUGGAAAAAGAAUCCUGGGGUUGUUUUUAGUUUUUCUUCAUUAGCCUAGCAGCUUAGCCUAGUGGUAGACAAUAAAGCUGUCAGCUGAAAGUCCAUCACUUAGACAAGAUUCCUUCCUUACUAAAAGGGGUAUGUCACUAUCAGUGCUUCUCAAAGACAGAUGUUUAAUGGCCGGCAGAACAUACACUGCAUUUCCCCCUAAAACUAGUGUAUUUCUCUUUUUAAUCCUUGCUUCUUUAAAGCUAAAAUGUAUAAGCUACUAUUAAACCUUGUAAUGGUUCCUAUAUUUAUAAUGUUUGCUUCUUUGUUCUAAACCUUUUAAAAACAUUUUUUCUUUUUUUAUAAUGAUUUACUAUUUCAGACCCUUUGAUCCUCAGUAUUACGAAGAUGAGUUUGAGGAUGAAGAGAUGUUGGAUGAAGAAGGUAGAACAAGAUUGAAAUUAAAGGUUUGUUUUUGCUACUUAUUGUGGAUUGUGCGAGAAGCAAACUGUGUAUUUUCACAUUCAUGUAAAUCAUGUAAAAUGGUAUUAUUUGACAUGAAGCAAGAACAUAUAGUAUGAACAUGACAUGUACUGUAUUCUUGCUGAGUUUGGCAAAUUCUUCCAGUUUUUAUAGAAAAUUGUAAGUUGUGCAGAGAGGGAGUACUCUCUAUCUACGCAUAGGUGUAGUAAUAUAAGUGGGGCCUGCUCUGCCAAUGCCAUAUGUAAGAAUGCACCACAAGCUCAUUUGCUCCCCACGCAUACCUCCUUCCCAUACUUCCGCUCAGAAUACUGUGCAGUGUGCAUGGAUGCAUGGGGGAGAGCUUCAAAGACUUCUCAAUGAAAGGCUUCUGAUAGACUAUUUCUCCACGAAGAGGCUGUUAGUCUCUUCCAGGAAAAAAGGGGAGGGUUUGCAAGUGCUUUUAAGAUAUACAUGUAACUUGUCAAUUUACCUACAACUUUUCUUUACAUUCUAGUAUCUAAUAAACAUACAGGCUUACAGUCACCUUUAUUAGUGCAGGUUAAAUGGGUAAUAUUACUUGAUUCCGAAUCCUGAAUAUUUUUAAAAAAAAUGUUGUUUAAUCAUGGUGUUAAAUGUUUUUUUGAUUGUCUUUCUGUCAUUUCCUGCUGUUGAUAGGUUGAAAACACAAUCCGAUGGCGGACGCGCCGAGAUGAAGAUGGAAAUGACGUUCGAGAGAGCAAUGCCCGUAUUGUGAAGUGGUCUGAUGGCAGGUUUGUAUGUUUUCUGUUGUUGUGGAUUUUGACUUUUUUUUUUAAAUGGCAAAAUACAAACAAAAAACACCUGUCUUAUUUUCAUGCUCAUGUCCAUGAUGUAUUUAAAGAUGACCCCUAAUGUUCUGUUUUAUGUUUUCUUCCACGUAGCAUGUCAUUACACUUGGGCAAUGAAGUGUUUGAUGUAUACAAAGCUCCAUUGCAAGGAGAUCACAACCAUCUUUUUAUAAGACAGGGAACUGGUCUUCAGGGCCAGGCUGUGUUUAAAACCAAACUGACCUUCAGGUAAGUGUGUGCAGUAAAAAUCCAACCAAGAAACCUAUAACCAAAUUGUUUGCAUGAUGUGCAUGCCAGUGUCCCUUCUCUGUUUGCUUUCUCUACCUUGCUGUGAUUGCCUAAAGAUCUUAUUCUUCAGUCUAGUUUCUUCCAAUAUAAAUGUCUUCUUAUUAUCUAACGUUAAGGUGAUUGAAAAGAUUUUAGAAUCCCUGUAACUCUUUCCCUUAUGACAUAUUAGCCUUUUCAUUUCCCUCUACAUGUUUGUCCCAAAUAUCUAAUUCUGGAGCUCGUUGUAAUGAUUAUUGUACACAUUGUUUUCAUAUUAACUUGGUAGCACUGCCCCUUGAAUAGGUCAUGUCGUUCUCUGCACUUUUGAUCUAAACAUCAGGGUGUGACAGAGAUGAUGAAAUCUUAAAACUGACAGAAAAAUUGUUGAGGAGCUGUUUUGUGUAUGAGUAAUUCUUUUUCAAAAGACAAAUGCAAUGUUGUAAACACACCAAAUUCUGUUUUAUUUUUCAUGACAGGCCCCAUUCUACAGACAGUGCAACUCACAGGAAGAUGACAUUGUCCCUUGCAGACAGAUGCUCGAAAACUCAGAAGAUCCGCAUCCUUCCAAUGGCUGGACGUGAUCCAGAAUCUCAAAGAACAGAGAUGAUUAAGGUAAAAAAAGAAUGGAUUUACAUUCACAUAUACAUUUAGACUUUGAAUGUUAUAUAUUCAAUUACAAGAAAAUCAGCUGUCCACGUUUUGUUCUCAGAGGCUGUGACAAAUUGACUUUUGGUACUUGUGUUUAGCAAUGUUACCCAAAAGUAACGUGAACAGAAAACUCUUGCAGGCUUAUAGUCCAAAGGAAAUGUAUACAUCCAUUAUUUAGGUACAUUCUAAUUCUAUGUAAUAUUCUUUAAGGAAUCUGUUGGGCAUUAUUCUUUUCUUGUAAGGGAAUGCAUGCUGUGAUGUAAAUGUAUGUUGAUGGGUGUUCUAUAGUAUGAAAAUUAAUGAACAGUUAUUUUUUUUUCCCCAACUGCUUUUGCUCUAGUAACAAUAAUGUAAUACCAAAUAUCUAGAAUUUUAGUUUGAAAAUGUAUAUUCUAAAUUAUUUGGUAUAUCUGAUUGCACAGAAAACAAGCAAAGUAAAGUGAAGAUAUGGAGUUCAAUACUAUAUGUUGAUCUACACGUCUCCAUUUAUUUUUUACAUUGCGUGUUAAGAUAUAAAUAAGAUUGCUUUCUUCCCAUGUGUGCAGCAAUGGGGAUUGUUGUAAAAUAUUCUCUGGUUGUACUGGAUGUUCCCAAUAUCUGCAUAAAUAAACUUGGUUAUCCACAUAUAGAAAAUCGGUUGUGAAUUUUGGCAAUUAUUUGAUGGGCCUUUCCCAGACCAGAUGACUUAUUGUUAACCUUGUUCCAUCUUUGCAGAAAGAGGAGGAGAGAUUAAGAGCAUCCAUCCGUAGAGAAUCUCAGCAACGCAGAAUGAGAGAGAAGCAGCAUCAGCGUGGAUUGAGUGCCAACUACCUUGAACCAGAUCGCUAUGAUGAUGAGGAAGAAACAGAUGAGGCCAUAAGCUUAGCAGCCAUUAAAAACCGUUAUAAAGGCGUACGCGGUAAGGAAGCUUGUUUUAAUUGUUGAAGAUAUUUAUGAAAUAUUGGCACACUAGUAUUUUGAUUUUCCAAUAAUUUAAUCCAAUUUCAAUUGUAGUUAACACACAGGGAAUUGCUGUUAGAUCCCUGAAAGCAUGUUAUACGUUUGUGUAUGAAGUCUGCCCAUUGGAACCUAUUACAAAUGUGUCGUGUUUGCAUGCUAGCUAGUGAAUUUUCAAUAAAGAGACUGAAAAUCAAACACAUUUAAACUGUAACUCUCAUGGUGCUCAAAUCAUUAUUUUAAAUUAUAAAUGAGUGCUAUCAAAUGCACAAACGUUUCAUGGUAUAUGUAUAUUAUAAAUGAUUGUGCUGUUUCUGUAUAACAGAGGAACGAGCUCGAAUUUAUUCAUCAGACAGCGAUGAAGCUUCGGAUGAUGACAAGGCUCAGAGACUUCUUAAGGCAAAGAAACUGAACAGUGAUGAAGAGGUAACACUCAAUUCAUCUCUCCUGUAAGGUGUUUACUUAUUAAACAGUGAUUUGUGGUGAUAAACAUCAACUUGCAACAUUUAGGACAAAAUAGUGUUGAAGUUUAAAAAAAAAAAAUUCCAGCCAGGUUGGAUUUUAAAUUUAAAAAAAAAAAAAAAAAAAAAAAUAUAUAUAUAUAUAUAUUGUAUGUACAUGUAUUUGUCCAAACCAAUAUACACAGGAUAGAACCAAUAUCCAAUCUAUGUAUAGCAAAAUAAAUCAUUAAAGGACCACUAUAGGCACCCAGACCACUUCAGCUCAAUGGAGUGGUCUGGGUGCCAGGUCCCUCUAGUUUUAACCCUGCAGCUGAAAACAUAGCGGUUUCAGAGAAACUAUGUUUACACUGAGGGUUAAUCCAGCCUCUAGUGGCUGACGUCCAUAGGAAAGCAUUGAGUAAUGCUUUCUUAUGGGCAGUUUGAACGUGCACGGCUCUUGCCACGCAUUCGGCAGGAGGAGGAGAGGUCACCAGCACCGAGGGAGCCCAGCACUGGAGAACGGUAAGUGGCUGAAGGUGUUUUAAGCUCUUCAGCCCAGCUGUUUUCCUAGCACUAUAGUAGUCCUUUAAGUAAUAGCAAAAGGCACUGAAUAAACGGCUCUACUUCCUCUUUUAUAAUAGUAGAUCUUUUUACUUUCAUAUACUGCAAGUGAUCAGGUGUCGGCAAUAUAAACCGGAUUGAAACUCGUCUACCAGUUUAGUGAGCUGAUAACACUCACGAUUAGGAACAUUCUGUUAAUAGCCAUUAAAUGGUAUACUGUGCUACAGACAUAGAUUGCUUAGUUGAACAAUAUCUAGUUCAAAGUUAUAAGAUAGAUUUGUUGAAUUUACCUGUGUAUAUGUAUAAACAUCAGGACCCCGCAGCAACUGAAAUUUAAAACACUGUUAAGUAAUUUCAUGUGAUUUAUUUCCCUAUGGAGACAAUACUAAAAGUCUAGGAAACCGUAUCUCUGAUGUAAUGUUAUAAACGGUAAAAUUGAGACAGUUUGGUUACACAAUUUGACACAAGCCAAUUAUUUUAUAGACUUUUUUUUCUUUGAAUUAUAAUUUGUUUCUAAUGCAACUUCCAUCUAAAAUACACAAAUAUCUUUCACACUAGCAAACGUUCAACUUUGGAAGUUUUUCUUUUAUUCCUUUCUAUUUGAUGGUUAAGAUUAUGGGUUAAGCACUUUCUUGACCCGUGCUAGUGCUGGUAUAGACCUGACAUUUUCCGAUACAUAUUACACUGUGCCAUAGUUUUAGUAAUUACUUACAGGAACAUGUUGCGUUUGGAGAUCUGAUAGGUUGAAUUAUGUUUCUUAAAAGGGUACUCUAUGCAAGCGAACCAUUACAUCACUCUGUACUUGAUCGGUUCCUUAAAAUCCCCUAGCACUGUCCUUGGUUUAAUUCAAACCGUUUAAGAACAGUUUGAUAUAAACAGAGGUUCAGCCCAGGGGCUCGCAUCUGCACUCUCAAUGUUGAUUUUAAUACAACAUGGAUUACAUUGGCUAAGUGUUCUAGUAGUUGGUUAGCCCUGCAUUUUUACCAAAUCAAUGUUAUCCAUGUUGGACUGGAUUGACCUUGAUGCAGCAGCACUGGCUGAAAUGGGAGUGGUCCUAUUGCUUCAGGAAGAGCCUAGAUUUAUAGGACAGAGUUCUUAAACACUUUGAUAUUAAAGUGAAGGGGCAACAUUGUAGUGUUGCUUUAAGUAUGCAUAUUUUAAUAAAUGUUGCCAUCACGACCUUAUAACAAAAAAAAGUUAUUUUCCUUUCUAGUAAGGCCGCAAUAAAAUGAGACAAUUAUAAGAUGAUUUGAGGUAAAACAAGCAAACGUAGGUUUGAUUUGAAAUUUCUCUUAUUAAAAGAUGCCUUUAAUUAAAAAGAAAAGAAAAGAAAGUUGGAAACCACUGAGCCACUGUGCAAGAGUGCACUUUGACUACUUCUCCCAACUAGCAUGGGACCCUUUGACUUUUUUUCUCUUUCUCUUGCCUUCAUAUCACUUCAAAUUGGAUAACACAAGAUGAGUAAAAACCCUCUUGGGGCGGAUCUGAAAGGCACAUGACUAGGGGAUACGCUAAUCUAAACCAUUAGCACUGUUGAAUAAUUCUUGCAUAAUAUUGCUUUGCAUUGGCUGGCAGGACAGCUACUGAUGUAUACAAUCCCUCUACUCUAUAGACACAACCUUGUAAAAAAGCAAUCCACUUUUACCCACAGGGUACUGAAAUGCAUAUUCUAUUCUGUGCAAAGCUGCUUUGCCAAACUGUAUCCAAAAACCUAAUGCAUGUACAACUGCCACCUUUCAUGUUACUGAUAAAUGUAACGUAAUAUUUGACCACUCCGCCACAGCGCAAAAACAAAAGCAUAAAAAAAAGAGUGCACUUUGAUAGAACAGCAUACAAAUAGUUUUCAGGGUUUUAUUUUUUUUUUAUCCCUGAUGACAAGUGCAUGUUUUUGUGGAAACAAAUUGCAAAAAACAAACCAAAACUGCAAUUUUGUUAAUCCAUCCCUUGUCUUUCACUUUCUUUCUGAAAAAGAGACACAGCAUAUCAGGAAAAAUACAACUGUACACCUCUGCCUACAAUCCUGAUGCACAACUGUUUGACAUAUUAACAUUUGCCUGUAGUUCUAUAGAGUAUAGAGCAAGAUUUGCAUUCACAAACAUAUUGGGGCUUCUCCUUUAUGAAGUCAAUAAAGUGAGACAAACUGGUGCGAGUUACUCUAAGUCCUUAUUUGCUUCAAGUUUAUUUGUACUAGUGCUUCUUGCCCCCCCGCAAAUUGGAAAAAUGUAGAAUAUUUAAGCAUCUGUGGUUUGCUGAAUGGAUCCCAGAGACCUCUGUGAAUAGCUAUAACAACCACAGAACGACUGGGAUUGCUGGAGCUCAGUGACAUCUGCAGUAUUUCCUAUACUAUAUAUAUUUUUAAUGUAUUGUAUUUAUAAUACAAGACCUGACGUAAAAAGACUGUACUUUAUUUAUUACCGGUGAGGUGAUCUAUAACUGGUUUCUUUGUUUAUUCUCCUAACCAGGAAGGUGAACCCUCUGGAAAGAGAAAAGCAGAAGAUGAGGAUAAAGCAAAUAAGAAACAGAAGAAAUAUGUAAUUAGUGAUGAAGAAGACGAGGAUGAAGAUUUGUAAAAUGUGUAUAUAUUUUUUUUUUUACGUUGUACAGUUAUGAGCCAUGAUGUAGUAAACAGUGAAAAUAUUUUUGGUUAAGUCCCCAUGAUGACAAUAUGUCUAUGUAUAAAAUAAAUUGAAACUAGAACGUUUGCUUCAUUUUUUUUUUUUUUACCUUGAUAUGAAAUCCAUUUUUUACACUCACACUUUCUUAAUAUCUGUUAUUUUCUAAAUAAGUAUCAUGAACAAGGAACAACGAUAGAAUAAGCUUAAGAUUGUACUAAAGAAUAAACGUGCACAAAAUUGUAUUUCGGACAGUUUGUUCAAAUCAAAUUCCUUUUAGUCCACUCCUGAAACAAUCGAUUAUCCGGAAUUUACCUGUGGAGUCUUAUUCAUUAUAUGUGACUGCACAAUAGAGUCAAAGAAAUUUGAUUAACCCAGACCAUCAAACUAACCUUUGCACAAGUCUACUAGAUAACACCUUAUUAAAAUAUAAAAAUUGCAAAAAAUGUUAUCAAUUACAUCUUCAGCUGCCAAUGUAGUUAGCAGGAUAUUACAAUUUCCAUACGGUAAAUCCUGCAACUGUAGGAACAAUUUUUUUUGUUUGUUAUAAAGGUUAUGGUUUUAGUUCAUUUCAAAUAAAACCAAGUAUUUUUUUUUCAUAUUAAUCUGGUUUUAGUGCAAUUCCUCUGUCAUGACAGCCUGAU